CUGCUUUCCUUCCCCACUCACAUCUCUCAGUAUUUCAGAGUUAAUAAGAUGUCCUGGACGUAUGCAACCCUCCUGGCUCUCCUCACUGUGCUUCUUGCACUUUCAUGUGAGUCUGAUGCAGGAGAAUGGUUUCCGCAGGCCAACUCUGCAGCUGUGCCCAGCAGCACAGGCAGUGCUAAAGACCCUCAAGGUCCACUGAAGAGGGUCUUCAUGAAGCAGGCCGAUGCCUCAAACUUCUUCAGAAGACGCACCAGACGGGGUGUGAAGUCCCAGGAUGAGCUUGAUGCUGAGCAGAGGCAGAUUUUGGCUGCAGAUGAACGAAAGAGAGAGUUUCACGAGGAGAAGAGGAAUGAGUUUGAGAGCUACUCUGAAGAGGACAAUGACGAGCAAAAUGAGAGGACCAGAGAGAGCACCGAGCAGUGGAGGGAGUUCCACUAUGAUGGGAUGCAUCCUGCCUACGAGUACAAUCGUCACUCCACCUAAAAGUGAGGAGCAAUAAGAGGAGAGAUGCGACAACUACAUGCAACAUAUUUUGUUUACUUUUUUCAAGUUUAACUAGAACAAAAAGUUUAAUCAUUUGAUUUAGAAAAUUGUUUUCAGAAAUGGUCUGACCAAAGUGCACAAAGAAAACGAGCAAACAAUCAGAUUUCAGGGGGAAGUGGAAUAAAAUAAACAGAAUAAAGUCAACAGAAUGAAAUAAACAGUCUAUCAUUACAUUAGACACAAUAUUUAUGUUUGGGGCCUGAAGGACUCCAUAACUAUCUCACUGAGUAUUUAUACAGUAAUCAAAGCAAUAAGAUAAAUCCCAGUCGACUUAUUAAGGAUUGGGGGGUGGGAGGUGGGGCUGCAUAAACAUCAAUAAAGAGGGAGAGCCUUUGGAUACUGUUUACUCACAGUUUACAGCUGGGAUCUUAUAGUUCUGUAAACAAUGUGGCCUCCUGGAUUCAUAGAUAUGCAGUGAUAUUUUUUAAGCGUAUAUGGUUUUAUUUACUGUAUGACAUAUAAACUGUAAACAUAUAAAAAAUAAAUAAAUAAAAAUAAGCAGCCACACAUGUAAA